AUGGAUCCCUGGGGGACCCUUCUCCUCUGCCUCUGCCUCGUGACUUCUCAGAGCGGGAUAGCGGAGGCUUCACAGGAGGUCCGGUACUUGAUCAUGAAAAUGGAGAUGAUGGCCAGGAGACGAGUCUCUCUGACCAGCUCCCAGGCCCGCACAUCUGUUCACAGCCUGGAGGAGAGCCUGCUGAACAUCACCAUUGAGGGCAGCAGUGUGACAGAGCAGACACCUCAGGCCACCAUCCAGUCUCUAGCCUUGAAGCUGGACUGCAACUUCACUGGCCUCUCACUGAGCAGCACUACUCUGCAGGGGGUCCCUCAGGCCAGGGCCCCGCACUCCAUGCAGUUCCCAGCCGCGCUGACCCAGGAGGUCUGUGGGAGGCAGGCUCGCAGCCACAGGGAGCUCCGCCUCAUCUGUGUCUACUUCUACACCACCUUCUUCUUCCAGGACAAGUCCAACUCAUCUCUACUCAAUGACUAUGUCCUGGGGGCCCAGCUUGACCACAACCACGUGAGAAACCUCGGGGAGCCGAUCAACAUCAGCUUCUGGCACAACAAAAGUCUGGAAGGCUACGUGCUGACAUGUGUCUUCUGGAAGGAGGUAGCCGACGACGAAGACCACUGGGGGGCCUGGAGCUCUGAGGGCUGCCACACAGAACAGCCCUCACCUGCUCAGGUGCUUUGCCGUUGCAAUCACCUCAGCUACUUUGCUGUUCUUAUGCAACUGUCCCCAGCCCCAAUUCCUGCAGAGUUGCUGCCACCUCUCUCAUACAUCUCCGUUGUGGGCUGCAGCAUCUCCAUUGUAGCCUCACUGCUUACCAUCAUGCUGCACUUUCAUGCCAGGAAGCAGAACGAGUCCAUGACACAAAUCCAUGUGAACCUGCAUGCCUCUGUGCUGCUCCUGAAUGUCACCUUCCUGCUGAGCCCUGUGCUGGCUGUGCCACCUGGGCCUGGGCCAGCGUGUAUGGCAUUGGCUGCCAUCCUGCACUACGCAUUGCUGAGCUGCCUCACCUGGAUGGCCAUUGAGGGCUUCAAUCUCUACCUCCUCCUCGUGCGUGUCUACAACAUCUACAUCCGCCGAUACUUGCUCAAGCUCUGCGCAGUCGGCUGGGGGGUCCCAGCUGUCCUGGUGCUGCUGCUCCUAGCUGUCAAGAGCUCAGUGUACGGACGCCACAUGAUCCCACUCUCCAUCAGUCGGAGCAAUGGCACAGACUUCCAGAACAUACCCAUAUGCUGGGUGCGGAGCCCCAAGGUACAUGGCAUCCUGGUCAUGGGCUAUGGUGCCCUCACGUGUCUUUUCAACCUGGUGGUGCUGGCCUGGGCGCUGCUGGCCCUACGCAGGCUGCGGGCACGGGAGAAGGCUCCAAGUGCCCGGGCCUGCCAGGAUGCUAUCACCGUGCUGGGCCUCACCAUGCUGCUGGGUACCACCUGGGCCCUGGCCUUCUUCUCCUUCAGCAUCUUCCUCCUGCCCCAGCUCUUCUUCUUCACCAUCUUGAACUCAUUCUACGGCUUCUUCCUUUUCCUGUGGUUCUGCUACCAGAAGUGCCGCAUGGAGGCAGAGGCGGGAAGAGAGACAGGGGCGGGAAGAGAGACGGAGAUGGGAAGAGAGACGGAGAAGUUCAGCUCCUCCCAGAUGAUGUAG